GUGCGAGACGAUUAAUUGUGCUCUCGAAGUCGAAAGUUUGCCACGAAAUGCUAAUAAUCAGCCUAUCAUCAGUCUUAUUGAUCGUGUGCUAUUCUGCACGUCCAGCUAUCUGCGAUCGUUGCUGCCAGAUCAAUUACCACGAGCUACCGCAGUACGAGCUAAUAAAGACCAAUUCGUACUCGAAGCAACCGAUCAUAUCGCGAAGAGUGGUUUCCAACGUGAGCGAGUGCGAAAAAUUCGCCGCGUCGAAGAAGGCCCUCGCCUUCAAUCUGGCUUCCACGAGGAAUCGUGAGGGAAGGCAUGAAAAUCUGUGCCAGGCUUUGCAGUGCCCGGAGGACUACAACAUGACCACUCUCGUGCCAAAGGCGAAUUACGAAUACUACAGCAUGUAUCCGGUUUUUGUUCCAUCAGAAAACACCACUGUGGAAUGCAUUCCCAGAGUGGGAAUAUUCCUGUUCUCUUCCGAGAACUUGAAUUACACGCAAGCUCGGACGUUUUGCCGAGGAAAGAACGCAUCACUCGCGCAUAUAAUCAGCGAGGAACGCACAGAGGGUUUGGCAAAGUUCGUCUCACCGACUACACCCAGAUUCGUGGGUCUGAGCAAUAAUGACGGUGAAAGGAUCUGGAAGAAUGUGUUUGACGAACCUCUGUCGUGCUUCGAAUAUCGAGCAUGGGGUGAAGGACAGCCGUCGCACUCCAGAGGCUGCGCUGUGCUUGUAAACUCACCUGAUAAGGACACAUCGCCCUCAUGGAAGGUCGUACCCUGUUAUAUAUCGUUGCCCUUUAUUUGCGAAGUUACACCACUAACGACUCGACAACGCUCAUCACGACGACGUCACGGAUAUCCAAAGUUCUCGCGUGCCAUUUCCGAAUAUAGGAAGAUACACGUAUAAAAAAAAUAGUUUAGAUCGCAAAAAUUACGACGGCCCUUUGCCAAGACGACGAAUGACGAAAAAGGUCGG